AUGGCGAAAUUCAAUGCAGCAGAAAAUCAUUUUAAGUGUUUAGUCAAAACCUUUUCGUCUGUUCAUCCGGAUAUUUUUCAUUGUUAUCAAGGUUUAGGCAAAGUCUUGUGUGAAAAAUGUGAUUUCGAGGAGAGUCUUCGAUGUUUUCAAAUGGCACUUGAGAUUCUGUACCAAAAACCGAAGUCCAAACAAAUUCAAAUUGCUUAUGUUCAUAACAAUAUUGGUGAAGUAUAUCACAAGAAAGGUGAUGCUGACCAAGCAUUGGUAUCGUACGAACAAGCCCUGACAAUUUUCCGUACACAUCUCGGCGAGAGAAAUGAAAAUGUCGCUUGGUGUUUCAAUAAUAUCGGUAUCGCUUAUUUCAUGAUGAAGGAUUAUCCGAAAGCAUUUGAACUUAAAAGCGAAUUACUUCCACCGAAACAUCCAUGUUUUGGUAAUACUUAUGUCAAUCUUGCGAAUGUUUACUAUGAUUGUCACGAUUACGAUCGAGCAUUAGGUAACUAUGAAGAGGCGUAUGAGAUUUUCCAAACAUCACUCACGCCGCAACAUCCGUCGAUUGCUCGAGUACAGAAAAAUAUCGGUGGUGUCUAUGAGAUGAAAGGUGAUUUGAGCAAAGCGAACGAAUUUUAUCAUAAAGCAUUAAAUGUCCGAGAAAGGGUUUUGCAUUCUACUCAUCCCGAUUUAUUGGAGAUCAAACAAGACAUACAACGUAUUUCAUUGAAAAUCUUAGCCGUAUCUUAG